AUGAAAACUCAAAUAAAUUUUCCCAUUGAUAAAAUAAAAUUAAUUGAAAAAAAUUUCAAUUUGAUUGAUGGAAAUGGAGAUAAAAAAAUUAACACUGAAGAAUUUAAAACACUGAUAAGAUUACUUGGGCAAACUAAAACAGAUAAAGAAAUAUAUGACAUUAUUAAUCAGCAUUUUGAAAACGAAGAUGAAAAGGGAGAAGAUAAUAAACAUAUUGAAAAUAAUAAUGGGAAAAUAGUAAAAGCAAAAGAAGGUGAAAUACAUAAAAAUAAUAUUGUUAAAAAAAAUGGUGGAAAAACACCCCCAAAUCAUGAUCGAAUAAAAAAUUUAAUUAACAAAUUAAAUAAUUUUAAUGACAAUUAUAAUAAACAAAAUAACGGAAUAAAAACAAACCAACCAAAUUUUAAAACAGCUAAUGGAAUUGAAAAAGAUGAAAUCAAACCAAAAAAAGAUAUUAAUUUUGAAACAUUUAUGAAAAUAUUUAUAAACACAUAUACAGAACCUAUAUCAUUAAAUGAAUUAAUCAACUCUUUUGAAACUUUGGACAGUAAAAAAACAGGUUAUACCGAUGAACACACAUUGAAACAUAUUAUGAUAAAUUCUAAUGAACAAAUUAGUAAUGAUGAUAUUAAUUUAUUUAUGAACUCUUUAAAUUUUAAGGAUAAAAAAAAAAUCGACUAUAUUCUUUUAUCGAAAAAAUUAAAAAAUAUAAUUUCUUAA